GCUUGCCGAGAGAAGCAUAAUGUUGCUAGGGUGCACAAUUUCAUUGCUAGGGUUUAUCAUAUUUUUACCCUGGGGAAACACACAUCCAACUCUACAAACAACAGAACAAACAAAACUUGGGAAUGUGAUGAAAACAAUAUGGAAAGCAGGGUGUCCGCCACAGUUCCAGUGGUGCAAAAAUGCCCCUAAAAUACACCUCGCGCAAUUCGUAGUUGCAGAAUUGAUAAUUAUUGUUGGCUUCACGUUGUCAUUUCUAAUAAUAAAUGGGUUGUAUUCGAAAGUUAUUGGCCCAAGAAAGCAGAAUAUACCGAUACCGCCAAGAAACAGCUACAUAAAGAAACUUAUCGAAAAAAGUGAAAUUGUCAUCAAGUGUAUGAGAUGGAUAGCCUUCUUCCAUGAAAAACCAAACGAAGACGACCAACAAACCGAGGAUCAAAACAAAACGUUCGGAUUCAAAUCUAAAAAAUGUCCCCCACAAAACGAAGACCUAGACGCAUUUGAGUCCGAUCUACUCAACAUGAUCAAGCACAUCCAAUUCAUGAAAACACACCACCAAUUUCAAGACCAGCUACACGAAGACAUCAAAAAGAUCAACGCCUCCACGAAAGCCUUCAUCCCCGCUGACAAAACAACCAACUACUACAAACUGGAUAGUGAACAACAUGACAAACUACUAACUAACAGCAUAACCACAACCUACAAGACAGCAAAUGACAGCGCCAUCCACACAAUGAACAAUGAAGCAUUCGUAACUCUGAUAGACCAUAAAGAAAACUUGAAGCAGCAAACUGGAGUUCGAUUCCGACCAAGAGUGAGCUUCUACAGUGCAAUUAUAUCUGGCUCUUCAUGUGUUUCGGGAAUCGUAACACCAUUGGUGAUGACAUGCAUCUAUGAAACCUACGGACCAAGAUACGUCUUCAUCACAAUAGCCGCUAUUGUGGCAGCUUGCAUCGUCAUUGUUAGCUACUUCUUCAACAGAUUAGUGCCUUUUGAAGAAUAUGCCGAAUGUAAACUAGGAUUAAACAAAGGCAAAAAUGAACUACUUUGA